AUGACUGAUGAGGACGAUGCUGGCAACGUCUUCGCCAUCCCUGAUUUCUGGCGAGCGUCCAAACUUCUGGACAACGGCAUACCCGAGGCGAGCAGACGGUUCUUCACGUACAAUGUCGAUGAUCCGCCGGCCGUAUUUCAAUUGCAGCCAAUCGAAACCAAACCAUUGAUUGCAAUCCCCGCUUUCGAUCAAAAGAAUGAUGAUGAUCCCGUGCCUGUAGUUGAGACUCCCUUUUCGGAGGUGGGAAAGGCGCCAGAAGUACGCAGCACGCAAGAGGAUAUCGGAAACGAUGGAUACGAGGAUAUAUGGCUCGACUUGAAAAAGCCACCCCGGCAAGCACCCGAACAUAAGACAUGGGAUGCAUUCGAUACCCCAGAUGAUGAGCGCAAGCCACCCAUCUUCAUCACGGAGGCUGGACCUGGGGCUUUUGAUAGUCUGCUUGAAGUUGAAGAAGAUCCCCUUCGACUUCAGAGCAAUGACCACGCCACAGUGGACGCUGAGGCAUACUGCAGCGCCCUGAUGUCUCUAGCCCUGGGCAGGGAAUCCGUCUUCUUUGCGUGGCAGGCUGAAUCUCGCUCCUUCAAGCCACUUCUUGCCAAGAUCAGGAUAUCGGGGUACUCGGCUCUGGUGCUCGAAGGAGUCUCCAGCACCUGUCGUGACUGCGGCAACGGCUCACGAGAGCUUCGUGCAUUCGUCAAUAACACAUACGCGAAAAACCCAAGUCCCUGCCGGGUGGCGUUGGCGAGUGCUCUGGACAGAAUUCUUCUCGUCAUACAAAGUCACUUGUCGGUCACGGGGCAGAAACCGCGAUCGUUAUUGCAGUUGCGGUUUCUCAUACGCCGGGUCUCUUCAAUCCUUUUGUAUUUCAAAUCGCUGAUUUCCAAGAUUCGGCGCGAUCAUAUCGAUGAAGACGUCCUCACUCUUGUCUUCCAGCAAGCCCAAGCUGCUGAAUACAGUGAUAGCCACCUUGGAGCGAUUAUGCGAGAAGUCCUCCAGAGCGUGGGUCGACCUUGGUUGGAGUUCCUCGGGGAAUGGAUCGGUACAUAUGCAGAGCUCGGGGUGCCCCUCAGCAAGCACGAUGCUGGCCGGCAGAAGGGUUUCAUCAAGGUAGAAGCUGAAUCCUACGUCGACGAUUUCGGAGACGAAGUUGAGGAACUGGAUUUUCGCCUGGACUUGGCGAGAAUGCCUUCGUUCAUGCCGAAAGAUGUCGUCCAGAGCCUAUUUGAAACAGGACGGAACCUUCGCUUCAUCAAGUCGAAUCACUCAAGCCACCCGCUUUUGUCCGCGAUGGCAGCGUCGAUCGAAGCCCCUCCGAUCAAAUGGCACUUUGACUGGCAAUCCAUCUACCAGGUGGAUCGAGCAGUCCGCUCCUAUGAAGAUGCUCUGAUCAACGCUAUCAAGAUUCGAUCACGCAGUCGCAUAGUGCGAGAUGACGCUGUGGCUGCCAUGCCAACCAACAAUAUUGGGGGCUAUCAGCUUCAAAUGUUCAGCACAAACGAGGAAGAGCUGCGAAGCCGGCUUCUCGAUUCAAUGGACAACCUUGCGCAGCUACAAGAGGCGGUUCCAGCAGAGGACCCGCUGGCCACGGUUCUCAAGGCCUGUUUGGAAGCCAAGGAGCCAGGGACAAAAGACACGCUUGGGCUUGAGUUCACGCCACACUGGUCGCUGCUGCCAGUCUUAUCUUUUGGCCCCAUCAUAGCGACUCAGGCCCGCAUUGUCGGCAAAGAAAGCCUCAAAUUGUUGUUCAACGCUCACAACUUAAGGGCACAUCUUAAGGUCCAGCGUGACUUCCAUCUCUGCAGAGGCGGGUCAUUCUGUAGUCGGCUAUCACAUGCUUUAUUCGACCCUGACAUGGAGACAGCAGAGCGUGAGGCGGGUAUUGCUCGACAAGGCGGCGUCAUGGGCUUACGGUUGAGCGGCAGAGACACAUGGCCGCCGGCAAGCUCAGAGCUUCGUCUUGCCCUGAUGGGAAUCCUGGUCGAGAGCUACGAGCCACUGGGCGCAGCGCCGACUAGACGCGCUGCUGAGUCUGCACACCUCCCAGGCGACCUGAGCUUUGGUGUCCGUGAUCUGUCGAGCGAGGAGAUUGAAAAGUGUAUGGACCCCGACGGGCUUGAGGCACUUGACUUUUUGCGAUUGGCUUAUAAGACUCCCGCUGCCCUGACCCCGGUAAUUACACCGGUCAUUCUAGUGCAGUACGAUCGCAUCUUCAAGUCGCUGCUUCGCGUCCUACGCAUGCUCUACACAGUGGACCGUCUGUUUCGCGACAUCACAAUGAGGGCAUCAGGUUGGGAGAACCCGGACGACAUCUCCACUCGUUUCUGUUUCGAGGCCCGCCACUUCAUUUUCACCGUCAGCAGCUACUUUUUCGACGUUGGCAUUGAGCUGCCGUGGCAGGACUUCGAGGAGAAGUUGAACAAGGUUGAAGCGCAACUGAGCCGCCAGGAAGAGGACACAACGGAUACCGUCCUGAGCCCUGACCGCCUCCGAGAACAUAACGGAUACCGUCCUGAGCCCUGA